AUGCAGACCCCAUCUAGGAUACAGAUCCAUCACCACCACCACCGGCAGCAGAUCGACAUUCGUCAACUCCUCUUAUGUUGCGCCCAACUCAUCUCCCGUUCAGACUUCUCCACUGCUCACCGCCUCACUUCUUUCCUCUCCGCCAACUCUUCUCCGUACGGCGACUCCACCGAUCGACUAGUUCACUAUUUCACUAAAGCUCUCUCCCUCCGCCUCCGUCACCAUCCGUCACCGCUAUGUUGUAAUGAUUUCUUUAGAUAUUGUGAUAGAUAUGACGAUGCAACUCUUCAAUCAUCAUAUCUUUCACUUAAUCAAAUAACCCCAUUUGUUAGAUUCAGUCAUCUCACAGCUAAUCAAGCUAUCUUGGAAGCGAUGGAUUCAUCACAUCAUCCUCAACACAUUCACAUACUUGAUUUCCACAUCAUGCACGGCGUCCAGUGGCCGCCGUUAAUGCAAGCCAUCGCCGACCGCUACCCUCCUCCAACUCCUACUCUCCGCAUCACAUCCACCGGCUCCAACCUCGAUAACCUCCGAAAAACCGGCGAUCGUCUCUCCAACUUCGCUCACUCCCUCGGUCUCAAUUUUCGGUUCCACCCCCUCCUUGUUCCAAACGAAGACAAUGUCGACGACCUUGUCCACCACCUCUCCGCCGUCAUCCUCCUCCCCAGUGAAAUUUUAGUGGUAAACUGCAUGCUCUACCUCCACCGAAUGUUAAGAAACCGAGAGAGCCUCUUUAUGUUACUCAGAAAGAUCAAAACCAUGAACCCCAAAGUGAUUACUACAGCUGAAAACGAGGCCAACCAUAACCAUCCGUUGUUUCUUUCUAGAUUCGGUGAGGCAUUGCACUAUUACACAGAGGUUUUUGACUCACUGGAGGCGACGCUGCCGCCGAACAGUCGGGAGAGAAUGGAGGUGGAGCAAGUGUGGUUCGGGAGAGAGAUCGUCGACGUAGUGGCGGUGGAGGGAGAGAAUAGGAGAGAAAGACACGAAAGAUUCCGAUCAUGGGAGGUGAUGAUGAGAAGUGUUGGAUUUGUUAACGUUGCGCUUAGCCCAUUUGCGGUGUCGCAGGCGAAGCUGUUGUUGAGACUCCAUUAUCCAUCAGAAGGUUACAAUCUUGAAGUUUUCAAUGACCGGUUCUUCUUGGGGUGGCGAACCUUACCACUUUUUUCCGUGUCAACUUGGCAUUGA